CUCCCAGCUGCGCGCACCUGCACCCGCGCGUUGGCGGCCGCGACGCCGAGGCCCGGCUCCCCGCCUGCGCGUCUGUCUCGCUCACAUCACCCUCGGCCUCCUGCUCCACGACGUGACCAUGGCCGGGCUGCAGGAGCUGCGAUUCCCGGAGGAGAAGCCCCUGCUCCGGGGCCAGGAGGCCGCCGAGCUGGAGAACUCUGACGCCUUCCUCUUGGCCAUGGACACAGACUGGAAGGAACAUGACAUUGAGACACCUUACGGCCUGCUGCACGUCGUGAUCCGGGGCUCCCCCAAAGGGAACCGCCCUGCCAUCCUCACCUACCAUGACGUGGGCCUCAAUCACAAGUUGUGCUUCAACACCUUCUUCAACUUCGAGGACAUGCAGGAGAUCACCAAGCACUUCGUGGUGUGCCACGUGGACGCCCCUGGUCAGCAGGUGGGGGCGUCACAGUUUCCCCAGGGGUACCAGUUCCCCUCCAUGGAGCAGCUAGCCGCCAUGCUCCCCAGUGUGGUGCAGCACUUCGGGUUCAAGUACGUGAUUGGCAUCGGAGUGGGAGCUGGAGCUUAUGUGCUGGCCAAGUUUGCACUCAUCUUCCCCGACCUGGUGGAGGGGCUGGUGCUGAUGAACAUUGACCCCAAUGGCAAAGGCUGGAUCGACUGGGCGGCCACCAAGCUCUCCGGCCUCACCAGCACUUUACCUGACACGGUGCUAUCCCACCUCUUCAGCCAGGAGGAGCUAGUGAGCAACACAGAGUUGGUGCAGAGCUACCGGCAGCAGAUCGGGAACGUGGUGAACCAGGCCAACCUGCAGCUCUUCUGGAACAUGUACAACAGCCGCAGAGACCUGGACAUUAACCGGCCCGGAACAGUGCCCAAUGCCAAGACGCUCCGCUGCCCAGUGAUGCUGGUGGUUGGGGACAACGCGCCCGCCGAGGAUGGGGUGGUGGAGUGCAACUCCAAACUGGAUCCCACCACCACGACCUUCCUGAAGAUGGCAGAUUCCGGGGGGCUCCCCCAGGUCACACAGCCAGGGAAGAUGACUGAGGCCUUCAAAUACUUCCUGCAAGGCAUGGGCUACAUGCCCUCGGCCAGCAUGACCCGCCUCGCCCGCUCUCGUACCGCGUCGCUCACCAGUGCCAGCUCGGGGGAUGGCAGCCGCCCGCCGGCCUGCACCCACUCGGAGAGCAGUGAGGGGCUGGGCCAGGUCAACCACACCAUGGAGGUGUCCUGUUGAAGCCUGUGGCCCGGCAGAGACGCCCACCCGCCCCCGCCCGCGUCGACGUCCCACCGCCAUCCUCACGCCGGCUCAUUUUCCUUUUAGUUUAUUUUUGUGAAGGCCAAGGGGAGGAAAUGGUUUUACUUCUCUUCUGUUAAAAAGAUGAGGGGGUUCAUCCUAGAUGCUGCGGAACAGUCUCCAGAUGGUUUUGAGAGGCUCACUCCUCCCCACCCCCACCUCACUCACCUUGUUAACUUGGCUGACUUAGGCCCCCCUCUUCCAACUCCCCACAGUCAGGGCGGGGUACAGGGAGGAAGGGGAUUUGCUAAGGAGAGAGUUCGAGUCCUUCUCUGGGCAAGAUCCAGGAUAAUUUCCUAGACUGAAGAAAGCAUGGGAUGACCCCCUUGGGCAGGCAGAUUUGAAGAUGGGAUGGGGUUUUGAGGUGGUGUGUUGGGACAGCAGGUCACAAGGUCCAGCUCAGGUACGGAGGUGACAAACCAGGAGGCAGCAUUGGGGAGCACUAGGAGGCAGGAGCCCUGGAGCUCUGCAGGCCCUUUUUCUCCCCAUCUCCUCCACCAAGCACAUCUGUUUCUUUUUGCACAUGUGACAAUCAUCUGAACCAUAGCCACAAGGGGGCGCUCCUACCAGGCCGCCGUUUUCCUGGUGCUCUCUGGGCUGGCCUGGUGAUAUAGGGCCAGGCAGGCAGGGACUGAACAGGGUUUCUCUGCCCAAAGAAGACAGAACACAGAAGACCUAAGAGGCAGGAACCCCACAGACUGUCUCAGCCCACACACUCCACCACCUCCUGGCCUUGUCCCAUGUCUGAGCCAAGGCCCUGUGGUAGAAAGUUGCUUGAUCCUCUAUCUCCAUUGGGACCUGAUUUGGGGGCUGAGCUUAAAUGCUGGAACAGCCCAUGAGGGUUGGGCACACCCAAGAACCUCCUGGGUCUGCCUUCAGAACCAGGAUGUGGCUGGAGGCAGUGGUGGCUGAGAUUCCCAGUUCCAUGGAGGACAACCCAAUCAGCAGCUGUGUGUCCAAGGCCACCAGAAACAUGGUGUUGUUUCUGGUCGUGGUCAAGCUAUGCCAAUAUUUUCUGUG